AUGCUUUCGAUUCAGUGUCGCCACAACCACCACCACACAGCUUUCCUCACCGCCCUCAUCGGCAUUCUUCUCCUCUUCCUGUCAUUAACCUCCCAAGCUCAAAUCCCCACCCAAGCUCAGUCUCAAAUCCUCAAACGAGAAAUUCACUCCUACGGACCCUUCAACGAAACCAACAAACACCUUUUCAAAACUUUAAGCUCCGCAUCCAUCCACCUCAACGCCAUCCAGAUCACGCCGGACAGCGCCGGAAGUUCGUCUAUUGUCCCCAUGUAUAACAACUCCGGCAGAAUAUUUUUCAAAGACUCCUUUAAAUUCUGGGAGGACUCCUCCCCCACCGGAAAACUCAUUUCCUUCAACACCUCUUUCCUCAUCAACGUCUUCCCCUACCGCGACGAAACUCCCGGAGAAGGUUUCGCUUUCCUCAUCGCACCUUCACUCUCGAUCCCUCUCAACAGCUUCGGCGGUUAUCUCGGUUUAACAAACGCCUCCACUGACGGUAAUACCACCAACCACUUCGUCGCUGUUGAACUUGACACCGUUAAACAAGACUUCGACAGUAACAACAAUCAUAUGGGACUUGACAUAAACAGCGUUCAUUCCAACGUUACAGUUCCACUCGAUUUUAAAAUCGCUCCAAACGACACUCAGUUUUACGUUUUAUGGGUUGAAUAUGACGGUGACCGGAAAAAUAUUGAAGUUUACAUGGCUGCGCAACCUUCACAGGAUAAACCUAUAGUGGAAAAGCCGGUUAAACCCGUUUUAACUUCCGGUCUUGAUCUAAAAAAGGUUCUGAAUCAGCACUCUUAUUUAGGGUUUUCUGCUUCAACGGGAAACUUUGCUGAACUACACUGUGUACUUAGAUGGAACAUUUCAAUUGAGGUUUUUGAUGAAACAAACGCGUUAAGGAUUGGUUUAAGUUUUGGUGUUCCUGUUUUGGUUUUGAUUUUAGCCAGUGCUGGGUUUUUGUAUUAUUAUACAUGUAAGAAAAAGAAAAGUGAUGAAUAUAAUUCAAAUUCUCAGAUAAUGGGAACAUUGAAGAGUUUACCAGGAACACCAAGAGAGUUUAGUUAUCAGGAACUGAAGAAAGCUACGAAUAAUUUUGAUGAGAAGAAUAAACUUGGACAAGGUGGAUACGGAAUUGUUUAUAGAGGAACAUUACCUAAGGAUAAUUUGGAGGUUGCUGUUAAGAUGUUUUCUAGAGAUAAAAUGAAAAGUACUGAUGAUUUCUUGGCUGAACUUACUAUCAUCAAUCGGCUUCGUCAUAAACAUCUUGUUAAAUUACAAGGAUGGUGCCACAAAAAUGAAGUAUUACUCUUGGUUUACGAUUACAUGCCGAAAGGAAGUUUAGACAGUCACAUAUUUUGUGAAGAAGGAACAAGUACAACCCUACUAAGUUGGCACCUCAGGUACAAAAUCCUCUCCGGUGUCGCUUCUGCGUUGAAUUACCUUCACAACGAAUACGAUCAGACAGUAGUCCACAGAGACCUCAAAGCAAGCAACAUAAUGCUAGACUCAGACUACAACGCACGAUUAGGCGAUUUCGGCCUAGCGCGUGCACUUGAAAACGAAAAAACAUCCUAUGCAGAACUAGAAGGUGUACAAGGAACAAUGGGAUACAUAGCACCAGAAUGUUUCCACACAGGAAAAGCAACAAGAGAGUCCGAUGUCUACGGAUUCGGUGCAGUGUUACUUGAAACUGUGUGUGGUCAAAGACCUUCUUGUACUAAAAUAAAAGGGUAUCAGUUUCUGGUUGAUUGGGUUUGGUAUUUGCAUCGCGAAGGACGAAUAUUGGAAGCGGUUGAUCAAAGUGUUGGUAGUGAUUAUGAUGUUGAAGAGGCAGAGAGGAUAUUGAAACUGGGAUUGAUUUGUUCUCAUCCUGUUGCUGGUGAGAGACCAAAUUUGCAAACAAUAGUUCAGAUUUUAUCUGGGUCAGUGAAUGUGCCUAAUGUGCCACCUUUUAAACCGUCUUUUAUUUGGCCAGCUGUGGAUUUAUCUAGUCUUGCAAGUACUGAUUUUACAAAAUCAAAUACUAGUGAGUACACCAAGCAAUGGUAA